UGGUGAUUAUGGAGAUGCUAUGGAUCUUGAGUUCUUGAAGAACUUCCAUAAAAGAAGGGUCAAAGUCCUUGCAGAUUCUGGUCCUGAUCUUAUCGCAUUUGAAACUGUGCCGAACAAGCUUGAAGCUCAGGCUUUUGCUGAGCUUCUCGAGGAAAACGAGAUUGAUAUUCCCGCAUGGCUGUCAUUCAACUCGAAAGAUGUUAAACUCAAUUUUCUGGGAGUUUCGGACAAAGAUUUUGUUUCGUAUGUAAACAAAUGGUGUGAGGCAGGGGCAUCUCUUGUGGGAGGUUGCUGCAUCAAACUAUCAGAUCAAUUUGCAAAACCCUCACCACUAGAUUUUGAGGCUCGUUCGUGCUGCAAUUCCAAAAGGAGAAAUCAAGAUCCGACUCCAUUAGCUGAGAAAUUCCUUGUGACGAAC